UCAAACACAAAAAAAUAAGCAGAGGGAAGAAGAAGAAGUGUAGAGGAUCUUCUAGAGGGUUUAGACAGUGAUGGAGCAGAGUAGCGGGAGACUGAAUCCGAAAGAGGCCAACGUCUUGUCGAGCCUUGUCGGGAGCAUCGUGGAGAAAGGUAUAUCGGAGACUACGCCUCCAAAUAAGCCGAUUCCCCCGAGACCCUCCCUUCUUUCCUUCCCCGUCGCUCGUCAUCGUUCUCACGGGCCCCAUUGGGCUCCUCCUGUGGCACAACCUAAUGACGAUGAGGAAGAAGAAGAAGAAGAAGAAGAACGUUUCAUGAAUUCAGACUCCAUUUCUGCUUUUGCUAAACCGCUUCAAAGAAAGGAGAAGAAACACAUGGAGCUCAGUAGGUGGAAAGAUAUGGUCUCUGGGGAUGAUCCUGCAUCCACUUCUCGCCCUAGGAAUGUUAAGAUCAUUGAGACCAAGUCUCUCUCUCUUGCUCCCCCCGACGACUUAGCCACUAACACUUUACUGGCUAAUCCUGCUCAGAGAGACUUUGUUACUCAGAGACCACCCUCUAUUGAGGAAAGGGUUUCGUUCGGCGCUUCUCCUCCCUUAUCUGUUUCGAAUGGACGACUUGGGACUAGACAGGCGUCUUCAUCUCUUGAGAGUGAUAUUGAUGUAGAGAACCAUGCAAGGUUGCAGACUAUGUCACCCGACGAGAUUGCAGAAGCACAGGCUGAGUUAUUGGACAAGAUGGAUCCUGCAUUACUCAGCAUUUUGAAGAAACGAGGUGAGGAUAAAUUGAAGAAGCGAAAGCAUUCACUGCUUGGAGUUUCCUCUGCCGAAGAGGCAACAAAGAAUUCAAAAAAGUCGGCGUUAGCCCAAGGAUUCUUGUGGGAUACAUGGACUGAGAGGGUUGAGGCUGCCAGGGACUUGAGAUUUUCUUUUGACGGUUCUGUUGUUGAGGAUGAUGUUGUCUCAGCAGCUGAAACUGGUGAAAAGUUGUCUGGGGUUGGAUCUGCUGCUGAACGUGACUUCUUGAGAACUGAGGGGGACCCUGGUGCAGCUGGCUACACCAUCAAAGAAGCUAUUGCUCUUGCACGGAGUGUGAUUCCGGGGCAAAGAUGCCUUGCUUUGCAUCUGCUUGCAUCUGUACUCGACAAAGCUUUGAACAAACUUUGCCAGAGCAGAAUCGGCUUUACAAGGGAGGAAAAAGAUAAAUCCAUUGAUUGGGAAGCCAUCUGGGCUUAUGCCCUUGGACCAGAACCUGAGCUUGUCUUAGCAUUGAGGAUGGCUCUUGAUGACAAUCAUACCUCUGUUGUUCUAGCAUGUGUAAAAGUGAUUCAGUGUCUACUGAGCUGUUCUCUUAACGAGAAAUUCUUUGAUAUUUUGGAGAACAUGGGACCACACGGAAGGGACAUCUUCACGGCGCCGGUGUUUAGGAGUAAGCCAGAAAUUGAUCUUGGCUUCCUCCGUGGUUGCUACUGGAAGUACAGCGCUAAACCCUCCAAUAUUGUUCCUUUCCGUCAAGAGAUCAUGGAUGACGGGACAGAAGAUACAGAAACUAUUCAGAAAGAUGUUUUUGUAGCCGGACAAGAUGUUGCUGCUGGUCUUGUCAGAAUGGAUAUCCUUCCAAGAAUUUAUCACCUUCUGGAGACAGAACCAACAGCAGCCCUUGAGGACAGCAUAAUUUCUGUUACUAUUGCGAUAGCAAGGCAUUCUCCAAAAUGCACAACUGCAAUCUUGAAGUAUCCCAAAUUUGUGCAAACAGUUGUAAAAAGAUUCAAAUUGAACAAAAGAAUGGACAUUCUUCCUUCUCAGAUCAAUUCUGUCCGCCUCUUAAAGGUGUUGGCCCGGUAUGAUCAAAGUACUUGCAUGGAAUUUGUGAAGAACGGGACUUUCAACGCCGUCACGUGGCAUUUGUUUCAGUUCACCUCCUCUCUUGACUCAUGGGUGAAGCUAGGGAAGCAGAACUGCAAGCUUUCAUCUACUUUGAUGGUUGAACAGCUCCGGUUUUGGAGGGUCUGUAUCCAUAGUGGCUGUUGCGUAUCUCGCUUCCCAGAGCUCUUCCCAGCUCUGUGUCUGUGGUUGACUUGUCCAUCAUUCGAAAAGCUCAGGGAGACAAAUCUCAUCAGCGAGUUUACUUCUGUGUCCAAGGAGGCCUACCUGGUCCUUGAGGCUUUUGCCGAGACACUUCCAAAUAUGUACUCACAAAACCUUCCGCGGAACAAAUCUUUGACUUGGGACUGGAGUUAUGUUAGCCCUAUGAUUGAUUUAGCACUAAGCUGGGUAUCAUUGGCCCCUCAAUUACUCGACUGGGAGAAAGGAAUCGAACAUGUUUCUGCGUCCACUAAGUCUCUGUUGUGGUUGUAUUCGGGUGUCAUGCGUACAAUUUCUAAAGUCCUUGAAAGAAUCUCUGCCGAUGGAGAGGAAGAACCUCUACCAUGGCUGCCGGAGUUUGUUCCAAAGAUUGGCCUUGCCAUCAUCAAGCACAAGCUUCUUAGUUUUUCCGUUGCAGAAGUAAGUAGAUGUAGAGAAGACUCUUCCAGGUGUUCUUCUUUCAUGGAUUUUUUGUGUCUUCUAAGAGAAAGAUCUCAAAAUGAUGAACUAGCAUUAGCUUCUGUGAGUUGUCUUCAUGGGUUAACGCGGACUAUCGUUUCCAUCCAAACUCUGAUAGAAUCUGCUAGAUCUAAGAUGACAACUCCUCAUCAGGGAUGUACUUCCACUAGAGAUGAAUUUGUGCUUGCAAAAGGAAUACUGGCAGAGUCUCUGGCUGACCUAACAUCUGUGUCAAGCUCUUUUAGAGAUUCUGUUUCAUCAGAAUGGCCCAUCAUGCAAUCCAUUGAGCUGCAUAAACGAGGUGGACUGGCCCCUGGGGUGGGACUUGGUUGGGGAGCUAGCGGUGGUGGGUUUUGGUCAACCAAAGUUCUGUUGGCACAGGCUGAUGCCGGUCUUCUGAGUCUUUUUCUUAACAUCUCUCAGAUUGACGCGCAUAAUGAUCAGGGAUCUGUUGGCUUGAUGGAUAAUCUGAACUCCACUUUAGCUAUGUGCUUGAUUGCAGGUCCAAGGGAUCAUUUACUUGUGGAAAGAGCCUUCGACUAUGUCCUUAGACCACAUGCUUUAGAACACCUGGUCUGCUGUAUCAAGUCAAAGAAGAAAACCAUAUCGUUUGAAUGGGAUUGCAGCGAAGAGGAUUAUCAUCGUAUGAGCAGUAUGCUUGCUUCUCACUUCAGAGAUAGAUGGUUACAGCCAAAGGAAAAAUCUAAAGCCGAGAAAGGAGCCAGUGAGGUAAAGAAGGACACAGUUGGACUGGAGACGAUUCAUGAGGACGGUGAAAUGCCAAAUUGUUCGACACAGGAUAAAAAAGUAGACUCCUCGAUCACAGAGUGGGCUCACCAGAGAAUGCCCCUACCUCCGCACUGGUUUCUCAGCGCCAUUUCAGCAGUCCACAGUGGUAAAACCUCAACAGGGCCACCAGAAUCCACAGAGUUUCUUGAAGUCGCGAAGUCUGGAGUUUUCUUUCUUGCAGGACUUGAGUCCUCGUCUGGUUUUGGAUCGCUUCCGUCUCCUGUUUUGAGUGUGCCAUUGGUUUGGAAGUUUCACGCUUUGUCUACCGUGUUGCUUGUUGGAAUGGACUUCAUCGAAGACAAGAAUACUAGGAACUUGUACAAUUUUCUGCAGGAGCUCUACGGGCAGUAUCUUGAUGAAGCGAGACUAAACCACCGUGACAAUGAGCUCUUGAUGUUCAAGUCAGACAUUCACGAGAACUACUCUACUUUUUUGGAGAUGGUCGUGGAGCAGUAUGCUGCGGUGUCAUAUGGUGAUGAACAGUUUGGCCGGCAGGUAUCGAUUUACUUGCAUCAAUGUGUGGAAUCCUCAGUUCGACUUUCAGCAUGGACUGUGCUCUCCAAUGCCAGUGUUCUUCAGCUUCUGCCAAGUCUAGACAAAUGCUUGGGAGAAGCAGAUGGUUACCUUGAACCGGUUGAGGAAAACGAAGCAGUCCUUGAGGCGUACCUGAAGUCAUGGACUUGUGGAGCCCUGGACAAAGCAGCGGCGCGGGGAUCAGUAGCCUUUACACUCGUUCUGCAUCACUUUUCAUCUUUAGUAUUCUGCAGUGAAGCCAAGGAAAAAGUAUCCCUGCGGAAUAAGAUUGUGAAGUCUCUGGUCAGAGAUGUAUCGAGAAAGAGUCAUCGAGAGGGGAUGAUGCUGAAACUGGUGGGGUAUAGUAAAGGGGUUGCAGACGCCAUGGAAGAAACGAGGGAGAAAGAGAAAAGAUGGGAGGUGUUGAAAGAGGCGUGUGAAGGGAACUCCUCCCUCCUAUCGGAAGUGGAGAAGCUCAAAUCCGCCUUCUGAAAGCCUAGUGGGUGUCAUCAAAGAGAAGGAGAGAGGAAAGAAAGAGAGUGUGUUGUGUUAUCGUAACUCUUUCAGUCUUUCUUGCUCUAAUUUUGAUUUGUUCCGAGCUUAGUGUUGCAGAAGAAGAGCUGUGUAAUUAAAUCCAAAUACAUUUGGGAGCUGAUGAUGUUUGUUUUGGGUAUGUAAGGAUAGGAUGGAUUCUCCAAAAUUCUGACAAAAGUCCAAUUAGCUUAGCUUUUUUGACUCCAA